AUAAAAUGUUAGUCCCGCCUUGUCCUCUGUACGUAUUCAAAGCAAACAUAUCUUCCUUCUAUCCCUUUAGUCCUUUAGUGAUUCUUCAAGAGACCUUUCGGCUUUUUACCAUUCCUUCACCAACCAUCAACAAAUGGCAGAAGCCAUUCUCUUCAACGUUGCUGCAAAAAUCAUUGAGAGCUUGGGAUCCCAGGCUUUCAAACAAAUCGGACUGCUGUGGGGUGUCACAGAUGAGCUGAAGAAGCUCGAGGACACUGUUUCGGCAAUCCAAGCCGUGCUUCUUGAUGCUGAGGAGCAAUCGGCAGUUGACCGUCAAGUUAGAAAUUGGCUUGAAAAGCUUAAGGAUGUCGUUUAUGAUGCAGACGACUUGCUGGAUGGUUUCUCCACUGACUAUCUGUUGCGAGAGAUGAUGACUCGGGAUAAGAUGGCAAAAAAGGUACGAAUCUUCUUCCCCAAAUCAAACCAGCUUGUCUAUAAUCUGAAAAUGGGCCGUGAGAUUAAGGCGAUUAGACAAAAGUUAGGUGCCAUACAAAAUGAUAGGAAAUUCCACUUGGAGGAACGCCCUGUGGAGAUAGGAGUCAAGGCUAGGAAGAGGGAUGAUACUCAUUCCUUUGUACUUAAGGCAGAAGUUAUUGGUAGAGAGGAUGCCAAGAAGGAAAUCAUAGAUAUGCUUCUUUCUGAUUCCAAUGUUAAAGAGAAUGUAGGAAUCCUUCCGAUUACUGGCAUCGGAGGAUUAGGAAAGACCACACUAGCUCAAUUCAUAUUUAAUGAUGAGGAAAUAGAUAAACAUUUUCAUGAGCUAAAAAUGUGGGUGUGCGUCUCUGAUAAUUUUGAUGUUAGAAAAGUUGUUGAAAAAAUCCUAGAAUCGGCAACAAAAAAGAAACCAGAGAGUUUUGAAAUGGAGACAUUGGUGCAUGGUCUUCAAGAAAAAAUUGGUGGAAAGAAAUACUUACUUGUGUUGGAUGAUGUUUGGAAUGAGGAGGUUAGAAAAUGGGAUGAAUUGAAAAAACUAUUGAUGACUGGCGCAAUUGGGAGUAGAAUACUAGUAACUACACGUAGUGCAAAAGUUGCAAGAAUUACCCAAACAAUUGAACCAUACUCCUUACAGGGUUUAGACACCCAGAAGUCAUGGUGUUUAUUCAAGCAAGUGGCAUUUGAGAACGGACAAGAGCCAGUGAAUUCUAGAAAAAAAGUCGAAGUUGGAAAGAAGAUUGUAGAAAAGUGUUCAGGUGUCCCUCUUGCCAUCAAAACAAUUGGAAGGUUACUGUCCUUGGAAGAUUCUGAAGCUGGGUGGGAUUCUUUCGAAAAAAAUAAAAUGGCAGAAAUAAAAGAAAAUGACAUCUUACCAACUCUUAAGCUGAGUUAUGAUCAACUUCCAUCACAUUUGAAACAAUGUUUUGCUUAUUGUAGUAUAUUUCCCAAGGAUGACGAGAUGGAAAAAUCAAUGUUGAUAAAUCUCUGGAUAGCACAGGGGUUUAUCAAGCGAUCCAAUCAAAAUGAAUGUCUUGAAGAUGUUGGUCAUGAGUAUUUCAUGGAUUUACUUUGGAGAUCCUUCUUUCAAGAAGCUGAAAUGGAUGAUUUGGGAAACGUGAUUACGACUAAAAUGCACGACCUCAUGCAUGAUCUUGCAAUGUCAGAGGCAGGAUCGUUAAUCACCAGAUUAGAAUCUAAGGAAAAAUUCAUUGGUGAUCAGAAAACUCGGCACGUAUCCGUCGUCGGCAAUAUAGAUUUUUCCUCUGUAAUUCCAACUUCCUCAUCUAGAGCUAGUAAGAUACGAACACUUCUUUGCCUUGGUGGAUUGAAUUUUCGAGAGUACUCAGGUACUUCAUGUGAAGCAAUCUUUUCAAGUUUGAAGUUCUUGCGAGUGCUGGGUUUACAUGGAAUACAGCUUGAUUUAGUACCGAGUUCCAUAUGUAAGUUGAAGCAUUUAAGAGAUCUCGAUCUUUCAUGGAAUGAAAACAUUGAGAAGCUGCCCGAUUCCAUAACUAGAUUGCAAAAUUUGUAUACACUAAGACUCUCUGGUUGCAUAAAUCUUAAAGAAUUGCCUAGAGGAAUUAUGAAAUUAGUCAACCUCAGGCAUCUUUACAAUGAUGGAUGUGAUAGAUUGACUUAUAUGCCACGUGGAUUGGGGCAAUUGAAAUAUCUCCAGACAUUAUCUAAGUUUGUUGUCCACUCUAAUUCAGCCCCAGAGGAUAGUGGCCGGUUAAGCGAGCUAAACAGACUGAAUAGCUUAAGAGGAGAAUUAGUGAUUUCGGGCUUGAGACUUGACGGGGAUGACUUCGCAUUAGACGAUAAGGGUGCAAAUCUAAAGGAGAAAGAACAUCUUCAGGUUUUGACUUUAAAAUAUUGGAGCAGAGCAAAUGUUAAUGCACGUGAUGAAAAUAUGGCAUUGGAAGGCCUUGAACGUCAGCCAAAUCUUAAAAAGCUGCGUAUAGAUGAGUAUGGGGGUGUGAGGGUUCCGAUGUGGCUUUUGUCACUCACAAAUCUUGUUGAUUUGAAAUUAAGUGAUUGUUGGAAAUUGAAAUAUUUGCCACCAUUGAGUGGACUACCCUCUCUUAGGCGAAUUAGACUGGAUCACCUUGAUGAAAUAGAGUACGUAUCAGAUUGUAGUGACAACAAUGAGUUAUCUUCUUUUUCUUCAUCAGCAGAAUUCUUCCCAUCGUUGGAGAAAAUUGAGUUCGAACACUGUCGUAAUCUGAAGGGUUGGUGGAGGAGGAGUGAUUCUUAUAAUGUGGAUGUCAAUAUUACUGAUCAUGAAAAUUCCUUUGAAACACCAUCAAUCACGAGGCAUGCUUUACUAUUCCCAAGUCUUUCAAGAUUACAUGUACGGGAUUGCCAUAUGUUGACUUCAUUGCCAAUGUUUCCACAUCUGGAAAGGCAGUUAAGACUAAAGAAUGCCAGCUGGAAGCCAGUGCAACAAACAUCAAUCACGUGGACAGGGCAUGCUUUACGACUCCCUUCGUUACCCAGUCUUUCAGUAUCAAUAAUAAAUUGCUACAUGUUGACUUCAUUGCCAAUGUUUCCACAUCUUGUUUAUUUGAAAUUAGAGCGUUGUAGGAGAUUGAAAUAUUUGCCACCAUUGAGUCAACUACCCUCUCUUAAGAGUCUUACGCUGUACAUUCUUGAGGAAAUAGAGUACGUAUCAGAUUGUAGUGACAACAAUGAGUUAUCUUCUUUUUCUUCAUCAGCGUUCUUCCCAUCUCUGGAGGCAAUUGUGUUCGACAGCUGUCAUAAUCUGAAGGGUUGGUGGAGGAGGAGUGAUUCUUAUAAUGUGGAUGUCAAUACUACUGAUCAUGCUUUACUAUUUCCUCGUCUUUCAAAAUUAACAAUACGGGAUUGCCCUAAGCUGACUUCAUUGCCAAUGUUUCCACAUCUGAAAGAAGAGUUAAUCCUAAAGAUUGCCAGCUGGAAGCCAGUGCAACAAACAAUAACGAAUGCCUCCUCCUCCUCCGCUUCCUCUACACCCAUUGCCUUUUCAUCUCCUCCUCUCUCCAAAUUGAAGCAUAUAUGGCUACAACAAAUUGAGGAUCUAGAAACACUGCCAGUGCAAAACCUCAUAUCUCUCCAGCAUUUGACGAUACGUAGUUGCCGAAGAUUAAAGUCUCUCUCCCAAGGUGUACAAUAUCUCACUGCACUUACCAAGCUGGAACUUAGUGAUUGUCCUAUGCUUGAUCUAGGCAACGAUGAGCACGGGAUGCAAUGGAAAGGGCUUAAAAGCCUCAUCUCUUUGGAGUUUACGGGUAUGCCGAAAUUGGUGUCUCUCCCUUUGGGGCUUCAACAUGUUACCUCUCUACGACGGCUCCAAAUCUCAGAUUGUUCAAGCUUGAUGGCUAUACCAGAGUGGAUCUGCAAUUGGGCAUCACUUGAGCUGUUCACAAUUUCUAGAUGCAAUGGUUUAACAUCACUGCCUGAAGCAAUGAGUAGGCUAACCUCUUUGAAAAAGUUGACAAUUCAAGAUUGCCCCAUCUUAUUACGAAGAUGCGAACAAGAGAGAGGAAAUGACUCUGAGUAAAGAAGAAACAGGGGAGAGGGAUUGAGAGUUUGUUAAAAAAUCUAAUGCACUGCGUCUUCUACAAUAGAAUAGUAAGGAGGCGGAAGAAGAGCAAAGGGAAGAAAUCUAGGAGGGGGUUGCGGAGGAGAUCCAGGAUUGGAAUCCGGAGCCCGCAAUGUUGAGGCUGUGAAAUUUCACGACAACAAUUUCAACAGAGCUUGCAUGUUUCUUAGCGUGGAAAAUGAUGGGAUGAUUUUUCGUUUGCAUUUUGGAGCACAUGUAUAUGAAGUUGGUCAUAGCUACAUGAUGGAUGACGUGACCAAUUGCUUUGAACUCCUUUCAUAUGUGCAUGCUCUCCAAGAACAUUUUCUGCCAUUCAAUGAUCUUGCAGCUGGCUGUUGCACAGAAAAUGAGGAUUUUUUACUAAUGUUGGGCUACAAAAUAUUCUGGUUUUCUUCAGAUGGGAGACACCUCUCGGCAGUUGCCUACCCAGUUUUGUCCACUUCAAAGUUAUCGGUACCUGAAUUUUGCAAAUCUUAUCCAAAGUAAAAAUCCAUCCAAGGUGUAAGGAAGUUGAUGAACAUGAGAGAGAAAUAGAGAAACCGGAUGCUCCAAGACUUUCCAGGCCGUCAGCUAACUUGGUUUGCUUUUCUGAAAACAUGGAAGAAACAAAAUUCUAAAAACUCAUCAAGAGAGAAAAAUGUCCUCCCAGAUUUCAGCAAAUCUCUUUGGAAUUGUGGUCAAAAGGCUUCAUUUGAAGAAGGAUGGUCACUUUUAGGCAUUGUGGUCCAAGAUAUAAUCAUGAGGUUGAUGGAGGAGCUGUUUAAACUUGACGGAGAUAUUUUAUAAUUCCGAUCCCUGACUAAGCAAAUUUAUUGAAAGAUAUUCCUCGACAUAUGCAAAUUUUGCUGAUCUUCCCAAUUCAGAAAUUUUAUGCUGUUUUGUGUGGAAUUCUUUAGACAUAAACAUCCACUUGCUAAGCCACUACCAUUUGUUGCAUAUGGAAUUCCUCUUAUGAUUACAAUUUUCUACCUCUCUGCCUGUUCAAGGACAGUAGCAUUAUGAUCAUAAUAAGAAAUACUAAUCUUGGAUA